AUGUCUGCUCGCUCCGCCACCCCUGCGUCGACUCCCUCGCUCGUCAACCGCCGCCUCGCUUCUCUGCUUGUGGUCCUCGAGGCUCCGCCGACCGCUGACGCCACGCUCGAUGUGGUCGAAGAGUGGGCUCAAGACUUGUCGCCUCUCGUCCUCGCCUAUCGCAAGGCUCUGGGCACCAUCCGCGACGAGGAGACGGAGUUGCGCGUCGCCGCCGCCGUCAAACAGCUCGCCGAGCGGGCGUCGGAGUCGUGGGUCAAGUGGGCGCGCGGGGACUGGCCUGAGCUCACGACCGCCAUCGAUGCCGAGGUCGAACGACGCCUCGAAGAACAGAAGCGCCUCGCUGAGGAGGAAGCACGACGCGUCGAAGAGGCCGCGAAGCGUGCGAAGGCCGCCGAGGAACGCCGCCUCGAAGAUGAACGGCGUCGAAAGGACGAAGAGGACCGUCGGAAGCAGGCUGAAGACGAGCGUCGCGCACAAGAGGCCACCGACGAAGAGUUGGCGAGGAUUGCGGCCGCCGAAGGACUCCUUCCCGACCCUGCGCCUGCCGGUGUUGACAAGGGGAAAGGGCGCGCAAGGGUCGAUGACGAGGUCACCGAGUUGUCGGACGACCCCUCGGUCAAGACUCCUCGGACGGUCGAACGUCCGCUCGCGAUGACCGAGAAGACUCCUCGGACGGUCGAACGUCCGCUCGCGAUGACCGAGGUCGACAUGGCCGCCGCGGCGAUUGAGAAGCGCCAGUCGGGACAGAAGUGCGACCGUUGCGCCGGCUACCGCUCGGCCCCGGUCGAUUGCGUGUGGGUUGACAACGCUACGACCUGCGAGAGGUGCGCGCAAUUCCAGCAGGGAUGCUAUUUCGACAAGGUGUCUGUGCUUGGGAAGACCAAGAAAACGCGCGGCGGGGGAUCUACCACCAAGAAGCGCAUUCGGCCGGCCUCUCCUGGGCCUUCGGUCGCGGACGCGAGUGGUUCGAAGAAGUGCCGAGUCGACGAGCCUCCGCGCCCCCUUCUACGACGGCCUCUCGAUGGGGCCAGCCGCCUGGGCCUUGAACAGGACGAUCUCGACGCACUCGACCUCGACGAUGAGUCUCGGGGCAUCAUUCGCGUCAUCCGCGAGGAGCACGCUCACAUCGCUCGCCGUCGAGCGCUCCUCCACGACAUGGACCUCGACCUUCAAAAGAUGGAGAAGGACGCGCUCGCGAAGGGGGGAAUCGGGUUCGUGCGCGGGGCUGUUGACGAGGACUAG